AUGCUCGCACAGCUGCGACACGUGGCUGCUGUCGAGGCGAGACGGGCGGCAGAACAGGUGAUUCUUCCCAGAGACUUCACCCUGACCAUUCCGCAUCCAGACAACUGUUUCCGCCCGUCCCCAAUCGACAGCGCCACCCCGUUAUCGUCACAACACCCCGUUAAAAUCACCAUUCGGUUGUUGUCCUUUGGCUACGUGGACACCCGCCCUGCAUACCACUCGGCCAGUGAGAUUUGGCCACGUGGGUACCAUGCAGUGUGGGAGGACCCUUUAGGAGGGCUGUGCCACAGCGAGGUGGUGGAGGGGGGCAGCGACGGCCAGGGGCGAGCGCGGGUUGGGGGGGUUGGGCAGGAGGGCGGUAGUGAGGGGCCGGUGUUCCGAGUUUGGAGGGAGGAUGCACGGGAGGAAGGCAGGCAGGCGGGAUGGGCGAUGGACGGGCAGCAGAGAGCAGUGGGUGGGGGAGAGAGAGAGGGUGAGAGUGAGGGAGCGGAGGGCACAAUGGGGGAGGAAGUGCAGGCGCUGCUGUGGGAUGGACGGGGCCCUGCGGGCGUGGGGGGGUGGCGGCCAGGGGGUGAUUCCUGGGCGGAGGGAGCGCAUGGGCGGGAGGUGGAUGGGGGGGAAGGGGACGGGGUGAUUGGUGGGGAGAGUGUGAGGGGGGUGGAGAUGGAGAGAGGAGGGUCGAGCAACGACACACGCUCACAGCUGCUUGGGGGUUCCAGGCCCGAAUGCAAGGUUCGGAUGGUGUGUGAAGGGCAAACGAGUCAGCAGGCUUGGGAGAGGUUCGGAGGGGAGUGGUGGGAGCAGCUGGGUGCGACAUGGAUGGGGAGGGCUGGGCAGGGCAUGGCGGAGACGAGGGGGGAGAGUGGAGGGACGAGUGGAAGGCAGGCAGGAGGGGAGGCUGAAGAUGGAAAGAGUGGGUCUGGUUUGGGCGUGGCGGGUGAGGGGGGCGUGGGGGGCGUACAAGAAAGAGGGCAAGUGGAGGGAGUGGGAGCAAAGUAUGUGGGGUGGGAGGAGCAGCGGGUGCGCUCGCUGCUGCUGCUGGACAAGUACGGGCUCUCCCACCCACCCCUGCUCGCCCUCAUAGAGGGGCAGAGCGGUGCAGAGCGGUGCACAGGGUACGAGUUCAGGGAGGAGCGGUGGUGGAAGGAGCAGGCGCAGAGGGAGCAGGAGAGGCAGGCGAGGGGGGGCCGUGGGCAGCAGGACGAGCAGCACGAGGGGGAGGGGCAAGGGAGGGCGGGACAAGUGAGGGAGGGGCAAGAGGAGCAGGGGCAAGAGGGGGGGGAGAUAAAGGAGGGGUUGGGGAUGGCAAGCGGAGGGUUGGUGGGUGAGUUUCAGGCUGGGGCGAGUGAAGGGCGCGAGGGGGGCGAACGGGGGGGUGCAGGGAGGGGUGGUGGGGUUCAUGGGGCGGAGAGGUUGGGCAGGUGGGAGGGGGCGGAUGGGAGGAGAGGGGGAGCGGCGGUGGGAAAGGGUGUUGAUGAGGCGCCGUCAGCAGUGCCCCCUACAGCACUGCUGGGGCUCUCCCGCUGCGACAUGCUGCGCCUCAUUGAGGUGCGCCCUGCCCCUCACUGCGCCUCAUUGAGGUGCGCCAUUGAGGUGCACCACGCGCUGCACUCCUUCCUGCCCUGCCUUCCGCCGCCCUCCCCCCACUCCCCCCUCCUGCCCGCGCUCUCCCUCCCUGCCCUCGCCCACCACCUCGCCUACCCCUCCACCAAUCCGCCGGCAUCAGCUGGUGCAGCGAGGGGCGGCGGCGCCGUGAGUGGUGGCUCGCAUGGCGCGGGGCCCGUGGUGGCGCGCAUGCACGUGGCGCUGUUGCACGUGCUGCUGCCCGCCGCCAUGCCUGCUGUUGCUGCACGCGAGGUGAUUGGUGGGCGGGAGAGGGAUGGAAGAGGGAAGGAGAGGGAAACUGCCGAAACUGAAGUGAGAGUUGGUGUUGUGAGUGGUGGUCAUGGUGCUACCUCUGCUGCUGCUGCUGCUGCAUUGGGUUCUCCUGCUUCCCUCACAGGCGAGCAAACGGGCUUGAGUGCUGCUGCUGUGAACGAUGCCAGCUCCGACCUGCUGAUGUGUCCCAUUGAUGAGCUGACGUGGCCUGAGGUGGCAUGCAGGGUGCUUGCCGUCAGCAUUCCAUUGCUGCAAGAAGAGAGGAAGGAGCGGAGGGCGCGUGGAGGGAAUGAAAGAGACGGGAGGAGAGGGGCGAGGGGAGGGGGAAGGCGAAGGAGGGGGGCAAGCAAAAGGGGCGAAGCGGAUGGGGAGGAGCAGGUCGCCCGAGGCAGCAGGGAGGAUGGCAGGCAAGGGGUGCGGGGAGCGGGGGGGCAGGGAGGGGUGUGCGGGCGCAGCCCGUGGGAGCAGGGGCGGCUGACGCGGUGCAUCGCUGGCGAUGGCGGGCCGCUGCUGGGCCACUGGCUCGGCACCCCUGGUGCCAUGCACGACGCUGCUGUGAGUGCCAUGCACGACGCUGCUGCUCUUGCGGCAGCGGAGAGGCAGCUUGCGCUGGUGGCCGCCUCCCAGCUGCAUGCCACCGCCUCCACCACGGCUGCCGCUGCUGCUGCUGCGCCUGCAGGCAUGGCCACAGGAGGGCUGGGCAGUGCCGCAGGCAAGGGCAAGGCGGGCAGGGGGGCUGCUGCAGCAGCGUCAGGGUCAGCAGGUGAAGAGCAGGGAGGGAAGGACGCAGCAUCAGUGGCGGCAGACGAGAGGGUCAGCAGUGCGAGCCAUGCUGCUGCGAGUGCCCCUGUGCCCCAGGCGGCGGGGGUGAAGGAGGAAGCGAGCAGUGAAGGUGUGAGUGCUGCUCUCAGUGAUGCUGCUGGGGGACUCCCUGCUGCCGCAACUGCUGUGGCGCCUGGCCUGGGGGCACGCAGUGCGGCAGUGGCAGCAGCUGGUGAGACAUGGCUGUGCUGCGGUGCGGUGCGGGCGGGCAUGGGUGCUGUGGAUGCUGCUGUGCGUCGUGCAUCGCCCCCCCAGUGGGUGGUGCUGCUGGAGCCCAUCCGCAAGAUGCAGACCAACGUCGGCGCGCGCAUCCGCAACUGCAUCCGCGCCGCCCUCGACUGCCACGUGGCGCCGCCCGAUUGGGCGUUGGAGCGGCUGCAGUGGGCGAUCAGCAAGGAGGUGUACAAGGGGAACGCGUCAGGCCCCACUAAGCGAGCGGCCAUCGAGGUGAUGGACAAGUUCCUCGCCCACCACCCCUGCGCUGCCGCUGCUUCUCCCUCUCCCUCUGCACGUGCCGCUGCUGCUGGAUGGAGUGGCGCCAAGGUGGAGACGGAUGCGGGUGGAGCGGCGAGGGGCGAGGGUGCUGCUGCCAGCAAGGGCACGGCGAGAGAGAAGGAUGCUGGGACGGCUGUGGGGAGCGGUGGGGCAGAGAGUGGCAGUGAUGGGGGCACCGGAGCACAUGGCAAGUGGCAGAAAGGCGGGGGAGCAGGCGGGAGUGAGCCCUGUGCUGGGGAUGCCGCCGCUGCUGCAGCAUUAGCACCAGACUCGGGGGCAGGCACCUCAGCAGAAGUGGCAGGGCGCAGCGGCCUGGCGGGGGGAGCAGCAGCGGCGGCAGCGGGGCCUUUGCUGUCCCCGCUGAUGCAGCAGUGCCGCGCGGUGCUGUGGCAGCUGGCCCUGGCGGACCACCUGCGCGCCUUCACCUACUUCUGGGGCGUGGGGCCUGUGGGACCCGUGGGGGAGGGCGGGCACGAUGCCGCACAGGAUGCAGGAGGGGCAUGGGCAGGGGGGCCAGGGGGGGCAGCGGAGGGCAGAGGGAGAGUGGGCAGCAGUGCAGGGCACGUGGGCAGCGAGGCGGGGGCUGGGAAGGGCGUGAGAGGGGUGGUGGGGAAGGGGUUGGCAGCGGCACUGCACGAGCAGGGGGGGGUGCGGGUGGCGCUCACAGGGGCGGCGAGCAUGAGAGGGAGCGACGGCACAUCAGGGGCGGCCCUGGCAGCGGCGACAGUGGGGGGUGCGGUGGGGGGGGAAGCGCGGAGGGCGGGGUGGGCGCCGCGGCAUGCAGUGGCGCGGCCCAUUGACCUGCGCACCAUCGAUGCACGCGUUGUCAUGGGCGCCUAUGGCCACUCCGCUGAGGGCUUCAUUGCUGACGUCAAACAGAUGUGGAUGAACGUGCGGGUGGGGUACAGGAAGCCGCACCCCAUCUUCCUCUCCAUGCUGCACCUCGCGCCGCUCUUCGACAAACUGCUCGCCUCCCAGGUGGGCUGCUCGCCUCCCAGGUGGGCGUCCCCUGUCAUAUGGGGCCUGUUCGCCACGGCUCCAAUGCUGCCCCCGCGCCUGCCAACGCCCACACCAGACAGGGCCGGGGGAAGGGGGCGGGAGGAUGGGGCAGGGGGGGAGGGAGCAGAGGGGGUGCCCCCGUGGGAGAGGGAGGGGUGCUUGGUGUGCGGGGUGGACGUGGACGAGCGCGCCGUGCUGCUGUGCGACGGCUGCGACCGCGAGUUCCACCUCUACUGCCUCCUGCCGCCCCUCGCCCGCGUGCCCCGUGGCCACUGGUACUGCCCGCUGUGCGUGCAGGGGGGCUGGGGGCGGGAGACGAGCUGGGGAGACGGCGAGGAGGAGGAGGAGCAGGAGGAGGGGGGGGGAGAGGAGGACGAGGAGGAAAGAGAGGAAGGAGAAGGAGAGGAGGAGGCAAGGGGCAUUGCGAGGAUCUUGCUUCUCCACACCCUUUGUCGCCUGCUGGUCCGCACGCCAGCCUACCAGAGCUUCUGCCACAACCGGCAGCAGCAGCACGGGCAUGAGCAGCAGGAGGAGGAGCAUGAGGCGCGCGUGUCAGCGGCGUGGUGUGGCCGGGCCAUGGCAUGGGGCUCCACUCGCCACCGCUCUCCGCGGCCCACACAGCCUUGGCGCCCUCAGGGGCCCCCAUGGCAGCAGCAGCUGCUCCUGCUGAUGGCUCGUGGGAGGGACUCCCAUGCGCAUGGCGCGGAUGGGGGGCAUGCGGAUGGGGGUGAGGACGAGGAUGGGGAUGGAGACGAGAGUGAGAAGAGUGUGGAGGAGGUGCGAGGGAGUGAGAAGAAGAGGGGUGGAAGGACAAAGCGGUUGACAGGGGGCAAGAGAAGGAGGACUCAGAAGCAUGCUGUGGACGGGUUUGGAGCGGUGGAGAGGGGUGAGCGGGAAGAGGAAGAAGGCGAGGAGGAGGUGGAGGGAGAGAAGGAGCAGGGCGAGGGAGGGAUGGAAGAGGAGGAGGAGGAGGAGGAGGAGGAGGAGGAGGAGGAGGAGGAGGAGGAGGAGGAGGAGGAGGAGGAGGAGGAGGAGGAGGAGGAGGAGGAGGAGGAGGAGGAGGAGGAGGAGGACACAAAGGAAGAGGGCAGGGAGGGGAGUGAUGGGGGAAGUGGGGAGCGGCAGGAGGUGGUGGAAGACGGGGGGGCAGGGCGCAUGCAGCUGUGGUGCUCCAGUGCCGCGCUGCCCAGGCUGAGAGGCGUGCACGGAGAGAAGCAGGAGGCUGGUGGAGCCGUGGUGUUCGUCGGAUCGGAUGAGAUCGGACGGCUGUUCUUUGUGGUUACCAUGAGCAGUGAUGGAAGCACAGGUCAUGAUUUUGCAGCUGGCAACGAUGCUGCAGCAGGGGGAGCAGCAGGGGGAUUAGCAGCAGGGGGGGCAGCAGCAGCGGUGCUGGUGUGGUGGCCUCGUGGGGCACAGGCCUCCACCCUCACGCAACCCCCCCUCCCCCACCCCCCAUCAUCUGCCUCACGUGGCCACACCCACCCCCCUGACCGCCUGUGGCCGGCAUGCAGGGGGGCGUGCCGCCAUGCAGCUUGCUCGCGCCGUGUGGCCCUCGGGGCCGCGCUGCUCGCCUCUGCCACCGCUGCUGCUCGUGGGGGCCUUGGAGCUUGUGAGGGGACUGGAGGCGAGGGCGAGCAGGGAGAGUGGCGGUGGUAUGUGUGGCGGGGUGAUGCUGCUCUGAACAGGGGUGGUGCCACGGGGACAGGAAGGGACACGCUUGGUCAAACAAUGGUUGCCUCUGCCUCUGCUGCUGCUGACGUGGAUGCUCUUCUUUCCUCAAUUGCUACAGCAGCAACACCUGGCAGCCAGCUGGCAAGGGUUCACAGCCGGGUGCAGCAGGUGCUACAUGAGCAGUGUGGUGGGCGUGUGUCUGAAGCAGCAUGUGAGCAGCAGGCAGGCAGGCCCGUGCAUGCACAAGAGCCGCCCCCUGCACACCCCGCACAUUCCUCCAUCUCCCCCUCAUUCGUGCCACCCCUGCACUCGCUCCCACUCCACGCUACUGAACCGCCCACCAAGCUGCCCACUGAGCCAACUUCCGAGCCGCUUACCCAGCCAUGCACCCCAAGCCUCCGCACCCUGCGAGCUAUGGCCUUUCUGGAAGAGCGGUUCGGAGCGGUGGAGAUGGAUGGUACCGUGGCAUGGGGAGGGGAGGGGGACGGGGGGAAGGAGGGAGGCAAAGGAGAGAAGGGGAAGGGCAGAGGAGGGGAGAAAGGGGCGGCACACAAAGGCGCUCUGGGGGCGACAGGUGGCGGUGCAGGGAGGAGGGGCGUGUGGCGGUGUGAGUGCUUGGAGCUGCAGUGGGCUGCCAGGUGGCACUGCGUGAUUUGCCACGAGACUUACAGCGCCAAGGCGGAGUUUGAAGGGCACAAGCGGGCGUGCCGGCUGAGGGCUAAGGGGGGUAGGGGCGGCGGUCGGGGUGGGGGGAGGGGAGGGAAGGGAGGGGACGCGAGGGGGGAGCGAGAGGGAGAGCGGAAGGGAGGGCGGGCAGUGCCUGGGGUGGACGGCAGGGUGCAGAUGAGUGGGGAUGGGGCGAUGGGAGAGGGAGCGAGGGAGGGAGGGCUGUGGCACCAGGGUGUGGGGGAGGAGGAGGAAGAUGCAGGGACUGUGUUCGACCCCCUCACCACUGCUGACCUACCACCUGCUGACGUGGCAGCUCGUGCAGCUGCAAGGCAUCAGUGUGAUGCUGAUGCCAUCUUUCCACCUGGCACACUCAAGCUGUGCGACGUCAUGGCCACUCCACCAGCUGCCACGUCACCAGUUGACUCGUCACCAGCUGCCACGUCAACAGCUGCCACGUCACCAGCUGCCACGUCACCAUCCGCAGAAGAAGCAGUAGCCCCAAGUAUGGCAGGUGGCGGUUCUGUGGGGCAGGCACUGGUGGGCAGGAGCAUGGCGACGCUGGGCGAUCGCAUGAGGGUGUGGAGCGGUGAACAGGGCGACGAGGCUUGCAGCACAGUGCAGCAGGGGCACGUGGUGGCGCAGAAGAGGCAGCGAGGGGGCGAGAAGGGCGGCGAGGAGGAGCUGCUGAGCGGCUGCCAGCUGCUGGAGAGGCGUGUGGGAAAGCGGCGGAAGAAUGGCGAGGGGCGAGGCAGGGGGGAGAGUGGAAUGGCGAGAGGAGGGGAGACUAUGGAAGGUGGAGAGGGAGCGAGGAGGGGAGAGCACGCAGCAGUGGUGGGAGAAGGCACGGGAGGUGUGGUAGUGGCAGAUGGCAGUGGUGCUGCUGCCUCUGCCGCACUGGCUUCGCCUGCACUCAUACACUCCGUGGCGGCUGCUGCUUUGCCUGCCUCUGCUGGUGCUCCUGGUUUGAGCGGUUGUGGCACUGCCACUGCCUCUCAUGCUGUUGCUGCCAUUGCCAUGACCAUGGGUGGCGAUAUGGAGAAGGGCGGUGAUGCGGGCAGUGCGGGCAGUCAGGGCAGUGAGGGCAGUGGGGGUGCAUGGCAGCGGAGUGGCAGCAGUGGCGUGGAGGAGUGGGACGCACUGUGUGGCGGGCUGCCGCCCCUACAGCACCUCCCACAGGACGCCGCGCCUCCACCUGCCACUGCUCAUGCACCUGCCACUGCUCCAGCCACUCUUGCUGUGCCGCCUGGCACUGACUUGGAUGAGUGGGCUGCAGGCAUGGAGGGGACAGGCAUGGAGGGGACAGGCAUGGAUGGUGUGAGUGUGGAUGGCUGGGGCAUGCAGAGCAGCACAGCUGGUGUCCUGUCGCGGGAUGUGACCUCCCCCGUGCCUCAACCCCCCUCCGCCAGCCCCUGGGACCACGUGCCACUGCCACCCGACGCCACCACCACACCUGACGUCAGCAGCAGCAGCUCCCGCGCCCUCAGCACCUCUCCACCGCACCCAACCGCUCUCCUCAUCCGCCACAUCUCUUUCAGCCAGCAGCCACCCGCCAUCCUCGCGGCCGCCCCGCACCUCCGUUCCCCUCCUACGCCUGCUCCCCUCCCACUGCCCUCCCCGCCCUCGCCUGCCUUGGCUGCUCCAGGUCAUCUGGGAGGGGGUAUGGGUGGGGCUGGAGGUGUGGCUGAGAGUGAUGGCAAGGAGGGGAGCGAGGGCGGGGCGGGGGGCGAGUGGGAAGAGGCGGUGGUGGGGGUGCUGAAGCGCGAGCUGCUGGACGUGGAGGCGGCGGCGGGCGUGGAGGCCAUGGACGGCCCGCGAGGGCGGUCGGGCAGGCGCCGUGCAUGGCGGGCCAUGGUCAAGCGCGCUGAUGCCCAGCACUGGCGCCACUCCCUUGCACCACUUCCCACACAUCCACCUCAUACCGUCCCCCACCCCUCCGCCCCUCGCCUGCCCCAGCUGCUGCACGCCUGCAUCCUGCUUGAGCUCGCCAUCCGGGCCGACCGCCUCGCCCUCGGCUGGCGCUUCUGGUGCUCCCCGGCUGCCGCCGCCUCCUGCGCCACGCUCUCAGCGCUGGCCCUGCGCGUGCGCGCCCUGGACCGCGCCAUAAUCUACUUCAAGGGGCCCCUCCGCCCUGCCGCUGCCGCACGCGCCCCGCCCCGCGCCCACGGCGGUGGGGGCGAGGCCAAGGGAGCAGCAGGGGGGGUGGUGGUGGAGAGCAAGAGGGGUGCGGCGGUAGCGGCGGCGGUGGUGGCGGAGGAGGAGGCGGAUGUGGUGGAGGUGUCAGCUGCGAGUGGCGAGGGGGAGGGCGGCAGUGGCAGUGUGGAGUUUGACAUGUUUGACGAGGAGACGGGCGCCGCGGCGGAGGUUCUUGAGAUGCUCAAGGCGCUGGGCUGA